GGUCACGUUACCGCCAGGAGAACCCGGGACGGAAGCUGGGGUCCUGCUCGCUGCAGGUUGAGGUCUGAGCGUGGGAAGGAACCCUGCGGAGAGGCAGGGGUGCGGACCCCGGUGCCGACUCCGCGCGCGAUCGGCGGCCCCACUCCGCGCCCCGGCGCGCGCCGGGUGACAGGUACAGUUUCUUAAAUGGAGCUAACAUCUGUCAGCAGACCUGGUUUCGUCUGACCAUCCACAGACCGCGGCCCCGAAGCCGAAGCCGGUUCCGCAUCCUCCGCAGCGGCCAGGUGCGGAGCGGCCCGGCCUCAGGAUGCUGGACUUCCUGGCGGAGAACAACCUCUGCGGCCAGGCCAUCCUGCGGAUCGUCUCCUGCGGCAACGCCAUCAUCGCCGAGCUGCUGCGGCUCUCCGAGUUCAUCCCCGCGGUGUUCCGGUUGAAGGACCGCGCUGAUCAGCAGAAAUACGGGGAUAUCAUAUUCGAUUUCAGCUACUUUAAGGGUCCAGAAUUAUGGGAAAGCAAACUGGAAGCUAAGCCAGAGCUACAGGAUUUAGAUGAAGAAUUUCGUGAAAACAACAUAGAAAUUGUGACCAGAUUUUAUUUGGCAUUUCAAAGCGUGCACAAGUAUAUUGUAGACUUAAACAGGUACCUGGAUGAUCUCAACGAAGGCAUCUAUAUCCAGCAAACCUUAGAAAGUGUGCUUCUCAAUGAAGAUGGAAAACAACUUUUAUGUGAAGCACUGUACCUCUAUGGCGUUAUGCUGCUGGUUGUUGACCAGAAGAUUGAAGGGGAAGUCAGAGAGAGGAUGCUGGUUUCUUACUAUCGAUACAGCGCUGCUCGGUCUUCUGCCGAUUCAAACAUGGAUGACAUCUGCAAGCUGCUCCGAAGUACAGGCUAUUCCAGCCAACCAGGGGCCAAGAGACCACCCAACUAUCCCGAGAGCUAUUUCCGGAGAGUGCCUAUCAACGAAUCCUUCGUCAGUAUGGUCAUUGGCCGGCUAAGAUCUGACGAUGUUUACAACCAGGUCUCGGCGUACCCGCUGCCGGAGCACCGCAGCACGGCCCUGGCCACCCAGGCCGCCAUGCUCUACGUCAUCCUCUACUUCGAACCCUCCAUCCUCCACACCCAGCAGGCGAAGAUGAGAGAGAUCGUGGAUAAAUACUUCCCGGAUAACUGGGUAAUUAGCAUUUACAUGGGGAUCACAGUUAACCUCGCAGAGGCUUGGGAACCUUACAAAGCUGCAAAAACGGCUUUAAACAAUACUCUGGACCUCGCAAACGUCAGAGAACAGGCAAGCAGAUGCGCCGCGGUCAGCGAGCGAGUGCACGCCCAAGUGCAGCAGUUUCUGAAGGAAGGCUGCCUGAGGGAGGAGAUGGUGCUGGACAACAUCCCGCGGCUGCUGAACUGCCUGAGAGACUGCAACGUCGCCAUCCGGUGGCUGAUGCUGCACACGGCCGACUCCGCCUGUGACCCAAACAACAAGCGCCUGCGUCAGAUCAAGGACCAGACCCUGACAGACUCCAGGUACAACCCCAGGAUCCUCUUCCAGUUGCUGCUGGAUACCGCACAGUUUGAGUUCAUACUCAAAGAGAUGUUCAAGCAGAUGCUCUCAGAAAAGCAGGCCAAGUGGGAGCAUUACAAGAAGGAGGGCUCGGAGCGGAUGACGGAGCUGGCCGACGUCUUCUCGGGGGUGAAGCCCCUGACCAGGGUGGAGAAGAACGAAAAUCUUCAAGCUUGGUUCAGAGAGAUCUCCAAACAAAUACUGUCUUUAAAUUACGAUGAUUCUACUGCUGCAGGCAGAAAAACCGUGCAGCUCAUCCAAGCUUUGGAGGAGGUUCAAGAAUUCCACCAGCUGGAGUCAAAUCUGCAAGUGUGUCAGUUUCUAGCCGACACGCGCAAGUUUCUGCAUCAGAUGAUCCGGACCAUCAACAUUAAAGAGGAGGUGCUGAUCACCAUGCAGAUCGUGGGGGACCUCUCCUUCGCUUGGCAGCUGAUCGACAGCUUCACGUCCAUCAUGCAGGAGAGCAUCAGGGUGAGCCCGUCCAUGGUGACUAAACUCAGAGCCACCUUCCUCAAGCUUGCCUCUGCCCUUGACCUGCCCCUUCUGCGUAUCAAUCAAGCAAACAGCCCCGACCUCCUCAGCGUGUCUCAGUACUAUUCCGGCGAACUGGUGUCCUACGUGAGAAAGGUUCUGCAGAUCAUUCCCGAAAGCAUGUUUACUUCCCUUCUGAAGAUCAUAAAGCUGCAGACCCAUGACAUCAUCGAGGUGCCGACCCGCCUAGACAAAGACAAGCUGAGGGACUAUGCCCAGCUCGGCCCGCGAUACGAGGUCGCCAAGCUGACCCAUGCUAUUUCCAUCUUCACGGAAGGCAUCCUCAUGAUGAAGACGACUCUGGUUGGCAUCAUCAAGGUGGACCCCAAACAGCUGCUGGAGGACGGGAUAAGGAAGGAGCUCGUGAAACGCGUCGCUUUCGCUCUUCACAGGGGGCUGAUCUUCAACCCACGAGCCAAGACGAGCGAACUGAUGCCCAAGCUGAAAGAGCUGGGAGCGACCAUGGAUGGGUUCCACCGUUCUUUCGAAUACAUACAGGACUACGUCAACAUUUACGCCUUGAAGAUUUGGCAGGAGGAAGUAUCUCGCAUUAUAAAUUACAACGUCGAGCAGGAGUGUAAUAACUUUUUAAGAACAAAGAUUCAAGACUGGCAGAGUAUGUACCAGUCCACCCACAUUCCCAUACCCAAGUUUGCCCCUGUGGACGAGUCCGUAACGUUUAUUGGUCGACUCUGCAGAGAAAUCUUGCGGAUCACAGACCCAAAGGUGACAUGUCACAUUGACCAGCUGAACACUUGGUACGACCUGAAAACGCAUCAGGAAGUGACCAGCAGCCGCCUCUUCUCCGAAAUCCAGACCACACUGGGGACUUUCGGGCUGAAUGGGUUGGACAGGCUCCUGUGCUUCAUGAUCGUGAAAGAGUUGCAGAAUUUCCUCAGUAUGUUUCAGAAAAUUGUCCUGAGAGACAGAACUGUUCAGGACACUUUAAAGACCCUCACGAAUGCUGUCAGCCCCAUCAAAAGCAUUGUCGCAAAUUCGAAUAAAAUUUACUUUUCCGCCAUUGCCAAAACACAGAAGAUUUGGCCAGCUUAUCUGGAGGCCAUAAUGAAGGUCGGGCAGAUGCAGAUUCUGAGAAAACAGAUUGCCAAUGAAUUAAAUUAUUCUUGUCGAUUUGACUCCAAACAUCUGGCGGCUGCCCUGGAGAAUCUCAAUAAGGCCCUCCUCGCAGACAUCGAAGCCCACUACCAGGACCCGUCCCUUCCCUACCCCAAAGAAGACAACACGCUCUUGUAUGAAAUCACAGCCUACCUGGAGGCAGCCGGCAUUCACAACCCACUGAAUAAGAUCUACAUAACAACCAAGCGCUUACCCUAUUUCCCAAUCAUCAACUUCCUGUUUUUGAUCGCACAACUGCCAAAACUUCAGUACAACAAAAACCUAGGGAUGGUCUGCCGAAAACCUGCUGACCCCGUGGACUGGCCGCCACUCGUCCUGGGGCUGCUCACCCUGCUGAAGCAGUUUCACUCCCGGUACACGGAGCAGUUCCUGGCGCUGAUCGGCCAGUUUAUCCGCUCCACAGUGGAGCAGUGUACCAGCCAGAAGGUACCUGAAAUGCCUGCAGAUGUUGUGGGUGCUCUCCUGUUCCUGGAGGACUACGUUCGGUACACGAAGCUCCCCAGGAGGGUUGCUGAAGCACAUGUGCCUAAUUUCAUUUUUGAUGAAUUCAGAACAGUCCUGUAACUUUUUCUUCUUCUACUUCUGUGAUGUAAGGAAUGUCCCUAAAUCUCUCCACUAACUAAAAUGAAUUCAGAGGCUGAAACUCAACUGCUCAUGUAACGGCGUGUUUUCCCUUUGUUGUGGGAAACAUCAGACUCUCUGAGUAAGAUGGCUCUCGUGGAACUGGAUCAUAGAAUAUUGUUUGAACCAUGGUAUUAUACACAAUUUCUAUCAUGUGGAAGCAGAACACACUUUCGUACUGCCUCUUGCAAAUGCUGAAUGUAAUGAAGUAUAAAUCCAUUUAGUUUUAUGUUCUAAAGAACUAUUUGUGCAACUCCAGAUUUUCGGUAAAAUAGUAUUGUCAGUUGCUUUUCUGCUUAUUCAAAAGUUAUAUAUUCACUGUGCAAAACACCUUGUCUGGAAGGGAACAGAUGAAUCUGGUGGGAGGGCUGACAGGCACAUGGUGCUAGUCAGACUAGCCGCAAAUACAGUGAAAUGCAGUGGCCGUGAAGUCUAUGGGCCAAGGACCAUGGGAGUUUCUUGGUGUCUGAGGCUCACCAUCCUCCUCUAGUGCCAGACCCCUCAGGGGUUCACAGCAUCCCUUCGGUGGGGCUGCCCAAAGCUGCUCCUCCCACCCUCUCCUUCCUCAGCAACCCCUGAGCCUCCCCUCCCCCAGCUCCCACACCACACUAGCCAGCCAUAAGCCCUUUUCAUCUUGGUGACAGGUUAACCAUUAGCUUUUAACUUCCUGCCCUCCACCCCCACGUAUCCUAAAUCACUUCUACAUGAAAUUGCCCUGAAAAGGGCACUGCCAUCCUAUUGUGGCAACUGGAAAAGAGCAAAAGAGAUGUUUAGCCCUGUGCUCCUCCAGAGAGGAGAGGAACAAGAUGGAAAAACAAAACAAAACAAAACAUGCUUAAAAGUCAUUUAGCAAGUUGCAGGGGAAUUAGCAUUCAUUUGUUAUCGGGAGGCCAAGUGUGAGUCCUGGUUCUGCCGCUAGCUGAACCUGGCCCCAGCUGGCCUGUCACCGUCAUCUGUCAAAUCAGGGCUGGCUGGUUUCUUAGGUUCCUUCCCAUUGUUUAAUGUUAUGACAAGUUAUUUUUCAGAAAGCCUCAAAUCCUGAGAGACUGAAAAGCCCUUGACUGCCUUCUUGUACGAACGUGUGAUAUUUUCCAAGAACUCAGAAAAGAACCGUAUCAGUGUGCGUCACUGGACAGACGUGGAAAAUCAGGUGCAGAGGUUCAAGGCAAACUUCCCGACGUCAGAGUGAGGACAGCUUUCCCUCUGCGUUCUGCAUCCCACUGUGGUUCUCUUUUCCGUUAUCCUGAAACUACCUGAAGCCCGCAGCUGAAAACAAAAAGACAGGAGGCCUCAUUCUUCCUUUUAUUGGUGUGUCCCACGUCCACUCAUUCCAGACACUGAGUGCAGAGCUGCUCUCCGGUGUAGCACUAACUUACGGUAACAGUCAUUUCUUUUAAACUAUCUUACUUGACCGCUCAUUUUAAAUUGAAAAUUAAAGUAUAUAUUUACAUGUUUAUGUACAAAUAACUCCAAAAACAAAUUAAUCCCAAUCUUGGUCCAAGAGUUUCCACUUCACAAGUGGUGUAGUACUAGGCUGCAUAAAUCCUCUUCAAAAAGUCUCUUAGACUUGGUGAGUUCCAAAUACUCGUUCACGAAUGGUUCCCCUUUAAACUUAAUGAACCAAGUACUUCAUUUCCGAGUAAAUCAGAGGAAAUAUCACAGAACACGCUUUGUACAAUACAGCACCGCUACUGAAGAUGGCCCGGGGUUUUGUAAUCCAAGGCUCCGACUUAAAACAAAAGUAUGAGGCAUAGAUUGCAACGGCAAAGAAGUGUCCAAUCAAAACUAGAGGGUUAGGAGACAGUCUGUAGAAGAAAAAAACAAAACAAGUAUUGGUAAAACUCAGAAAUCCAAUUCACUGUAAAAAAGUUUCAAUUAGGUAUAGUAUCUAUAAAGCUAAACACAUUCUGCAUUUUCGAGGACUUUAUAAGCUUGUGUCUCUGCCUCCUAAGUUUGAUGGCAGGAACAAAAUUUUUAAAAAUAUUUUUAAAAGAAUUUUUUAAAUCCUCACAGAGGGUAUGUUUUUCUAUUGAUUUGAGAGAUAGAGAAGCACUGAUAUGAGAACCAUCAAUCGGUUGCCUCCCAUACUCACCCAGACCAGGGGUCAAACCUGCAACCUAGGAAUGUGCCCUGACCGGGGAUCGAACCCACAAGCUUUUGGUGCAUGGGACAGUGCUCCAACCAACUGCGUCACCCAGCCAGGGCUCAAUCAAGUUAAUUUUUAAAUACAAAUUUCUCAACUUCUCCAUGGCUCCCCUAGCUCAGAUCAUUCAGAUUAACCCAUAUGCAAAAACAAAAAAACAGCUUCUAUGUUAAUCAAGUGUUUUAACCGAGUGUUUUACCCUCAUCUACCACCGACUUCCAAUCGACACUGUUUCCCAGAAGUAAUACAGACCAAAUGUUGCCUUUUUUCAUUUAUCUGGGCUAACUUCUGGGUUGCACACUAAUGAAAAAAAUGACAUUCGUUUUACUAUAAAAUACGUAAGGAAGGAAAAUUUGCAGGAGUUCAUUAACUGAAGAGCUGAGGAAAUCUGGAGGAUCUGUUUCCGGUGCGUCACCGAAUCAACUUACAUUGAGAGCAGCCCGACGGGACCAGCCACACACUCUCCGCCCAGUUUGAAGUAUAAAAAACAGGCUUUUCUCAGCUGAUGCAGAGAAUCUAAAAUAAAAGUUUGAAAUUACUCUCAACCAAAUUAUUUACACAUUCAUGUUAGGGUUCUAAUGAUAUGUCAGAAAAAAAUGAAGGUGUACCAAACAUCAAAUCUAUAAUUUUUUUUAAAAUCUAGCCCUGGAAUUUCAACAACCCAAGAUUUCUUUUACAUCCCACAGUCAACAAUAUGGACAGUACAUAUGUACAAAUUAACUCUUCUGUUAAUAAAUAAUGACUACACCAAAAAUGUGGGUCUCAGAAGUCAGAGUUGUUUAAAUUCUUUCCUCGAUCAUGUUGUAAAUUCUUUAAACAAUGCAAAAUAAUCUGUAAACACUUUUUGUUAUAAAAUCACAAUUCUGGAAACCAGAUGCCUUGUGUGAGAUGCCCAAUAA